UGACAGUGAUUCAUGAUUCAAAGUGCAGAUAUAACUUAUGCGGCGUGCGAUUGAAACGUUUGCAACCUUAAAUAGAUAUGCAUUCGACGUAUUCAUUGAAAACAAGUUCACCGUAAGAUUUUGUUUGUUAAUUUUGAAAUAAAUAUAAGGACUACAUAAAGGUGAUAUUCGACUCUCAACACGACGGUAAAAUUCAAUAGUGGAGAACGAAUUUUCGGAAAUCAACAAUUGUUGUGAUUGUAUGCAGACGAAAUGUUUUGUCCAAACAAUACGAAGAACGCUACAGACGAUAGCAAGAACCUUCAAAUUGCGUCUACAGUCAGUUGCGUCCUGUCAAUGUUUGGCGCUGUCGUCAUCAUGAUGACCUACUGUUGCAUGGAGACCAUCCGCAAUACUACCAGGAAGCUGGUUACCGUACUGAGUGUGGCAGAUUUCUUCACGUCAGCGGGAUACAUGUCAGCUAUUGUGGUAAACAAAUACCCAUCGGUUUUGUUCAACCAAACUACUUUCUGUCGUGUACAAAGCGCUGUUACCACAUAUUCCAGCAUGGUGUCGUUUUUCCUCACUGUGGCUAUUGCUGCAUAUUUGUUCUUUGCAAUCUACCGCGAGGCCGUUCCUGGAAAAAGAUUUUAUAUAGCUACAAAUAUUGUGUCCUGGAUGAUUCCGGGCGUCGUGAUAGCAGUUGCUUUGUAUCAUGAUAUGCUGGGUCGUGAAGACAAUCACGGAUACACAAUUGGCACCGGACCGUGGUGCUGGGUAAAAUGCAAAGAUGAGGACAAUGGCACAAAAACAUUAUUAUAUAUGCUAUUCACUGGAAAGUUUUGGGAAAUUGGUUGUUAUGUUCUAACAGCGGGAUUUUACAUUCUCCUCAAAUUGAAAUUGUAUCUUCACCAUCGGUUUCACACCUUAGACCAACUUAAUCCCGACCUUAGAUCAGACGAUAGGAAUUUUCUGUAUGUCUGGUUAGUACUACUUGCCAUUCGGAUAUGGGGGACAAUUCGGUUUUUAAUCACUGCCUUCUCGACGAAUGACAAACUACUAAACACUAUACUACUAUAUCUUCAAGCGGUUGGCGAUCCGUCACAGGCGUUCUUCAACUGUAUUCUUUUCUGCCUCUUUGACACCGAGGUAAGAGGCAGGAUUGCCAAUGCGAUUAGUUGUUGUGUUCCCCGCAAGACCCAGAGUGCAUCAAAUGAGCCUGAUGCCUCUUCAAGCUUGCCUUCUGUUGACUCAAGUGUUGAAGACAGCCAAUCGACGGGCUCGUCCUCAGAGAUUCCAGAUGUUUCAGAAAGAGCAAAACUUGUAAACAAAGAGAAUCCUGGGCAUGAAAAACUUUAUCAGUCGGUAAACCAUUGUUGGAAAGAAUCAAACGAGGGUUCAAUGUAGAACGUGUUUCAGAUGCAUUGAAGCCUCUUCAUGCAUAACUUCAAAAGUUUCAUUGAUUUUGUAAUUUAUUACAUUAUUUAAUAUAUGUACAAAGUUCUGCGUGUUAUUGUAUACAAAAUCUACAGCUUCAAACUUAAUCAUUAUCAGCAUUAUAAUACCGAAGUUUGCAAAUAUAUAGGCUUGUUAACAAUAAAAAUGUCAAGUGACAUUUCUAGAGUUGUCCGUAUGAAUGUAGGUAUUAUUGCGAAUCGGCAAGAAUCUGUAAUGACAACGUAAUUUGUAACAUUUUAGUGAUUGUUUGAUUUCGCCUGUGUAAACGUAAAAUUUAUGUAAUACAUUAAAUAGGAUCUAUAGCUUGGUCGUUCUGAUUUCAAUUGUCGUUAAUUUGUUGGUUAGGUGUAUAUUACAUUUUUGAAAGUGUUUUCUUCCCGAUUUUUAUAAUUUUAUGAUAUGAUAAAUAUAUUUUGAUAUAUAUGGUAAUUAUCGAUAAGUACAAACAAUCACGAAUAAUUUUAGAUCCGUAUGGCUUUGAAUGUUAAGCGUCAAGUUACCUUGAUAUUUUCAUUACAUAUAAGUUUUAUACAACUUUGUUUGUAUAUCUACGAAACCAUGCAGUUAUUUAAUUUGCUCUUUUGUAUUGUACAUCUCCGCCCUGAUAUUGUAAAAACGAUAUCUGACAUAUUUCAUCAGGCUCGCUUUGUUUAUUCGUGUCUUUAUAAUCUCGAAUUGUGAACUUGAAACUUAU